AUGGAAGGGAGACAAGAGGAGAGAUGAGUCCAAAAGCGGCCCAACCCUGAACCAAAACCACCAAAGUUAUCAAGUCCCAAAAGCCAGACAGACACUGCUGUUUCUCUACCCCACAGUCGCACACCCGGACCGUGCACUACAACCUAUCCAACCUAUCGUGAUCGCUGCCAUUUGAUUUUCUACCACUUAAGGUCCCCACCCUUCUGUGAUUCUGGGCCUUAAACCCCCAGCUUCCACGACUCAAUCUCUUCCACCCAAAGACCAAGGACCCGGUUAACUUGCCUCCGAUCCUCGUUCUUGCACCUCUCUCAAACACCAUCGAGAGCUCAGUUCGCAGCUUUCCGAAGAGACGGAUUUUCUUCCUCACGGAACGUCGACUCGCGCGGCCUGAUCCGAUAUCCAUUGCAUCACUGUUGAAUCAACCUUCGUAACGUUUCUAAAUUCACUUCCGCCAGUUCCUUCGCCCCAGCCGGGGCGCAGACCAGUCCCCAGCUUCCAGUGCGGGGAGCCACUGACUACAUACGUACCCGUUGGUUCUCCAUAAACUCCCCGGACGACUUCGGGUUACCUCAAAUCUCAACGCUCUUGCGCUGCAGCGUUUUAACCUGCACAACAGCUGCUCCCGCCAACCGUUAUAAAGAUUUCGUUUCGCACAGCCGGGCUGCACUCGCAAUCUUGAACCCCCUGCCCAAUUCUGUCGUUUCGCUUCAUCAUCGCAACCACACCGGUCCGGUAGAUUUUGUUUUCCAGCACCGGAUUCUUGGCCUCGGAAGGCCCGCGUCGCAACUCUGUCUCUGGCAGAGCCAUGUCCGGUCGUGCCGUUUCGAAUUCUCAACAUGCCCAGCAGUCCUUCGGUUCCGGUCCUCAACUCUAUCGCGACGUCGCUGAAUUGCACGCUGUGCCAUCUCCCUCUCACGGCGCCUUAAUGGAUCCCUCACAUUUUGACGAUUUCGCGUUUGCUUACCAAGGUCUUCCUGACCAACCUUCUCUCGUUUCUCUGGCCGAUCACGCCCACGCCCACGCCUCACAAUCACCAACUGCAUUUCCUCAGCACCAGGCGAUGUCUGGCCUUGCACACAACGGUUUGCCAUUUGGCACCCUCCCUGCAGGCAACCGAAGCCAGAGCAUGGAUGGCUCCGAUACUCCUCCAGAUAGGACAUCUCCCGCAUCCAACGCCCUCGAAGACUCGACUACAGACGAGUUUGGAUUGGCUUCCCGUAGUCGUGCAGAUGCCACGGAUCUGGGCGGUAAACCUAAGGAGGAUAAAGCCGAUGCCACACCGGCGUGGAGUGAGCUGAAGACAAAAGCUGGCAAAGAAAGAAAACGCCUCCCGCUCGCGUGCAUUGCAUGCCGCCGAAAGAAGAUCCGCUGCUCAGGCGAGAAGCCCGCCUGCAAGCACUGUUUACGCUCUCGUAUACCAUGUGUGUAUAAGGUCACCACUCGGAAGGCGGCGCCACGGACAGACUACAUGGCCAUGCUCGAUAAGCGAUUGAAGCGUAUGGAAGAACGCAUUAUCAAGGUCAUUCCCAAGUCCGAUCAGGAAGUAGCUUCGUCCGUGACUCGGGCCGUUGUUAAACCAGCGAUACCAGGAACCGUACCUUCAAAUAAGCCAACCAAAAAGCGCGGCGCCGAGGAAGCCUUUGGACCUGAUCUAGAAGCGUGGGCCAAGGCGCCCUCGAAGCCCAAGAUCGAUGGUGAUGAUAGGCCCAGUAGCCUGCAAGUACAGGAAGCCGAGGAGAAUAAGCUUCAGCAUGAAGGCACUGAGGCACUGCCCUCCAAAGAAAUUCAGGAGCAUCUGGCAGAGGUGUUUUUCGACAACAUCUAUGGUCAAUCUUACCAUCUUCUCCACAAACCCAGCUACAUGCGAAAGCUGAAAAAUGGGACGCUACCCCCAGUGCUUGUCCUCACAGUGUGCGCUGUAGCUGCUCGUUUCACUUCGAGCCCUUUAGUGAAUUCUUCGGGACCCGAGUUCCUACGCGGCGAAGAAUGGGCGUCACACGCUCGAGAUAUCUGUACCAGGCGAUACGAAUGGCCAAAUCUCACAAUUUUGACCUGUCUCCUCAUUUUGGGCCUUCACGAAUUUGGAACAUGCCAGGGUGGCCGUAGCUGGGCCUUGGGCGGUCAAGCAAUUCGCAUGGCCUUCGCCCUUCAGCUGCAUAAAGACCUCGAGUAUGACCCCUCCGGUCGUACUGGUCCUAAAAAACAGCUUAGCUUCAUCGACCGAGAGAUUCGACGACGUAUAAUGUGGGCGUGCUUUCUCAUGGACCGUUUCAACUCUUCGGGGACAGAUCGGCCCAUGUUCAUCAGAGAGGAUACGAUCCAGAUUCCCCUGCCGGUGAAGGAGAAGUACUUCCAGUUCGAUAUGCCUGCUCCAACCGAGAUGCUCGAUGGUCAAGUUCCUCACCCAGCAUCACCCAAUGAUGGGCAACUUGCUGAUGCACGAGAGAACAUGGGAGUUGCAGCAUUUCUGAUCCGAGCCAUCGCCCUUUGGGGACGGAUCAUUACCUACCUUAGCCAAGGGGGAAAGGAUCUGGACCCAAACCCCAUGUGGGAGGACGAAUCCCAAUAUGUGAAGCAUCUCAACGAUGUCGUGAAUCUUGAAGCCAGUUUACCUUCGUCACUCAAGUACUCUGCUGAGAACCUCGACGUCCACAAGACAGAGAACACGGCAAGUCAAUUUCUUUUCAUGCAUAUCUGCCUGCAGCAUAACAUCCUUUUUGUGAGUCGAGCAGCGAUGUCAGCGCGAAAGCAGCAAGGUGUUCAUGAUGACUUUUUCUCUGAAGCGAGUAAGAGGACUUUCAGCGCUGCGAAUCAGAUAUCUGAGCUCCUUCGUGAAGCCGAACAAUCGCGAUGCUUUGUUUCGGCACCCUUUGCUGGAUACUGCGCCUUUUCCUCGACAACAGUCCACAUCUUGGGCGUCAUAUCUGGAAAUCCCAACAUGAAGCCAACAGCGGAAGCCAAUUUGACCACCAACGUCAAGUAUCUUCACAAGAUGAAGAAGUACUGGGGCAUGUUUCACUGGAUGGUGGAGAAUGUGCGCACACAGUAUCGAAACGCCCUGGACGCCAUGAGAGCCGGUGCAAAUCUGCAAGACCGUGCUGCACAAUCGUCUUUCCUCCAAUACGGAGACUGGUUCAACCGGUACCCGCAUGGUCUCUCUGAUGCCGAAUUCAUGGACCCUGCCACCCAUAAACGGAAGGAUUCGGGAGCAGAUGGCGUUCUCGAAGCGAAGCCCGAGCUACAAUCGGUGGAAGAAUACUUCUCCACGCUUCCAACACCCCAGAGUGUCGAACAUAAGGAUACCAUUCGCGCUGUGGGACCUAAGAGGAAGCAGAGCGCCAAGAAACAAGCUGGUUUGCCGACACAGUCCGGCCAGCAUCUCGAGUCUAUGCAAGGGACAGACGCAGACUCGGUCUCUGGGGCUCAGGAACGUAGGUUUUCGGGUGGGCUGGGGCUGCCAUCCAACAGUUACAACCCUCUCGCAGUAUCAAACGCGCAGAAUCCAGCUUUCAGCACAGCUAUGUCACCUAUGAGUCCGGCCAACAUGACGGCGUUCUCCCAUCAUGCUCACACCCCCACAUUCUUCCCUCCUGAGUUGCUAGCCAUGAACUUCGGACAGGGCGCCAAUGGAAAUAUUGACCCGCUUGAUCGUCAGCUUGUCUUUGGGGGAUAUUCUUUGGACGCCAGCACGGGGUUGGGUGGUGGUCAGGAUAUAAUGAGUGGCCUUGACUGGGACGCUGUUGCUUCAGGAGCCCAUCCAGAUGGAGGCUUACAAGGCCGGCGGUCUACUGCUAAGGCGGGCAUGAAUGGGCAAGCAGCCGGUAUGGCUGAUGGAGCAGGACUUAGCGGACCGGAAGCAUCGUCCGCAUGGUUCAUGCCAUUCAACAUGGAGCCUCCAGAGAUGGGCCAAGAUCCCGGCUUCAACAUGGGUGGAAUUGACCCAUUCACGGGAGUGUUUGGAGGAGGGGGUAGUGGUUUGGCAACGCCGAAUGCAUUGGGUGGGCUACAGCAACAGGGUCCUUAGGAGGGACUGUGGGAGUGGUUAGCCUGGGUAACACCAUAUUCCCGGAGGUCUUCGCGGCCACACAAGUUCACUGGGCCCCGAUAUUGACGUUGGCAGUGUGGCCAAAAGACAUUGUCAGCCAGGACUUGAACCUGAUGUAGGCCACGAGCCUUGGGUGAUGUCUUAUAUUCUUUUUUUGUUCUUUAUACUUUCCACAUGGGAAUCUGUACCAGAGAUAAGGCUGGGUUUGGUUGGGUAUUGGCGAAGAGGCAUAUUGAAGUUUGUAUGGCGAACACUGUCGGGCGUGUCAUCUAACCGUGGGGGAAGGAAAAUUGUGUUUUAAGUACUUGAGAUACCAUCAUACCCGUCAUGCUCAUUUAGAGAUGAGUUGACAUUCGUUUGCCAAGAGAUGAGAUAGUUCGUUAAGAAAUCAAAGUUUCUAAAACUGUUGUUGAAAUGAAUGCACCUUGCUUUUGUGAUGGGAUGGGCCCAACACUGCUACUUAAAAAAACAGCUUAACUAGAAAUACAACAUGGAACGCCUGAUUUUUGUUAUGCUAUCGCAGUGGUAUCUUGAUCGAUCCCCCCAACACCCUUCUAUUCCUCCGCUGUAGUGGUAGUAGCAUUCUUCUUGCUCUUGGACCUCUUUCGCUUCUUCUUCCUCUCACCAACAUCGCCUACCACAUUAUCCUCCUCGCCAUCUUCCUUCUUGUGCUUCCUCUUCUUAUCACUCGCGGGCUCGAUCACGGCGCCACCAGCGUCUUCAUCGGCAGAGAUCAAGCGCUCGAAGCCAUAUGUAGGACCGUCGCGCUCAUACUCCUUUCCAAAGAUCUCACGACGCCACUGGCGUAGACGAGCCUUCUUACCGAGACGCUUCUUGUCUUUGCGCUUCUUCUCCUGGUCGCGGAAGGUGGCAAGUUUCUUGAGACCAGCAUAGUCGUUGAGGGCAGCGUCGGAGGGAGCGAGGAGAAUAUCGCGCGCGGUCAUGCCAAAAGAUUGAGGGGAGGUCUCGCGGUAGCGGAAAGGAGCAUGAGACGAUUGCUUGAAGAUGGCAUGGUCGGUAAGCUCAAGUUUGGAGUCUACAAGAGCCUCAAGCUUGGCGCGCUCCUGACGAGCUUGCUUCUGGGACUCCUUGCGGGCCUUCUUGUGGUCUGUCUUGCGCUUCUUGGAGGCCCGACCAUCCUCGUCCUCGUCCUCCUCAUCCUCCUGAGCGUCGUCUUCGACAUCACUUAGGCUAAUGUUUGGCUUCUUCUCAUCGUCCUCGAAAUCUGGAAUGAUAUCCUUGAUGUCGAUAUCAUCAUCCCAUUUUGGCUUCUUGGGAUGCUUGGACUUCUUCUUUUCGCCGUCUUGUUCCUCGUCCUCUGAUGCUACAGCAUCAUCUUGUUGAGCAUAGUAAUCGUCACCAAAUCGCUUCCUCAUCUCCUCCUCCCACUUGUCAUCCUCCCAUGCGUCGUCGAGGAACUUGAUCCAGUCCUCAUCGGUGAGAUCCUUGCCCGCAUUGCCAGCUGUGCGCUUGAUCUUACGCAGCUUUUCCUGGGCUUCAUCAAGCUUGAGCUUCUUUAGACGAGCCUUCUCCUCACGCCUCUCCUUCUUCUCGGCCUCCUUGCGCUCACGUUCGAGUUCACGUUGACGCUUGCGACCAGUCUUCUCCUCACGCCUGACUGACUUGGCUGCGGCAACAUCACGAGCAUAUGAUCGAAGGAAUUCGUUGCUCCGCUCUGGGUCCUCGAAUCGCAAGUUGUAAGCCUGUUCGAACUGGUCGGCGCGGUCAUCAUCAUCCUCUCCUUCAUCCGACUCGAACGCUUUCCAGUUCGAACCAUCUGGAGGGACCCAGGCACGCGCGCUCAUGAAAUUUGAUAAGAAAGUCUCAGGGUUCUUAUCGGCGUUGGCAACAUCAACCUCGGUGAUGGCCAUGGCUGCUUUCCGCGAGGGGUGUACACCAUUUGAGUCCGCCUUCUCUGUCUCCUUUCGCUUCAUGAAACCGCCGUCCUCGUCGUCAGAGUCUUCAUUGGCGGCAGCAUGCAUCUCAGCCACGAUUGAAUUCUUGAGAACAUCUUGUUCCUGGUUGUAGGUCAUGGGUACAUCCUCGUCGGCAUCGUCGGCACCAGUGUCACCUCGCAUGUACUUUUCUCGGUGGUAAUCCUUCAAGUAGACUGGCUUUUCCUUCUUUUCCUUCUCGGUUGCUGUGACGGCGGGGUCAUCGGGCUUGUAAAAGGUCACUUCCUUGUCGUAGACCUUGGGGUCCUUGUUUCGAAUGGCUUGGAGAGUGGCAGAGAUCUGGGCGUCGAGGUCUUCAGUAGCAAGAAAGCCAUCUUCAUCUUCCUCCUCGUCUGACGAGGACGACUCGUCGUCGUCGUCGUCGUCGUUGUCUGGCUGCUUUCCUGUAUUCUUGAACUUCUCCUCUAGUCUUUGUCUCUCUUCUCGUUUCUUGUUGUGCUCGAAACGACGGGCAAAGUCCUCGUUCACCUUGAAGCCGGUCGUGGCAAUAGCGGCGCCUCCAUCUUCUGAUUCGGAGUCGCUAUCAUCGAGGAGGGUGCGCUUGGUGUUUUUGGGGUCCUCGGUGGACUUCCCCAUGGUGGAGAUAGUUCUUGGAAGCAAGCAAGGGAUUAAAUAAAGAAGCAAUUGAUCAUGCGUUGAGAGAAUGAGUGUAAGAAAAGACUGCAACAAGCGGCACUAUCUUUAUCAACAAGACCCAAUUAGAGCUUCCAUGCGCUUG